AGCGGUUAUUGUUCCAUAUGGACGAGUUCAGGGAGUACAGCGACUCUGAAAUUGACGAGGAGGAGGUCGCCGAGCCAGAAUUGGACCAUGAGUCUGAAAAUGAUGAUGAUGAUAUCGAGAUGAACACUGAAGACCUAGAGAGUAUGGACUUGAAGAGGACGGUCGAGGAUGUAGUAGAGGAGGAGGAGGAUGGCCCUGCUGGCGAGGAAAAGACAGUCUGGGACGAACUCGAGGAGGCAAACGCCAUGCCCGCAUCACAAAUGGAGAUCGUCACGACACUGCAGGAGAAGAUCGAUAGAGUUGCUGGGGAGAGCUCGGAGGAAUCUCCGUCUGAGAAGGAGACCUCUGAUGAGAAAGUUGAGGAUGACAGUGAUGAUGAUGAGAAGGAGAAAAGCAAACAUUUGGAGACACACGUGGCGUGGGCUUCUCUACAGCUCUCGAGACCUGUCCUGAGAGGCCUUAAUGCAUUGGGUUUCGCAGAGCCUACACCAGUGCAAAGGGACGUGAUACCGGUCGCUCUUAGAAGCCAGGAUAUAUUGGCGAUGGCCGAGACGGGUAGUGGUAAGACUGGGGGGUUCCUUCUCCCGAUUGUGGAACGACUGUGCCAAGCUAGUCACGUCCGCUCUCGCCGUAAAGAUCCCCACACUGGUCGUAUCACUGGUGGUCGAGCGGCGACCAAGGCUCUUGUUUUACUGCCCACACGAGAACUCGCGGUACAGUGCUACAAGAUGCUUCGGGACUUCACCAAGUUUGCCCCUUUAACCUCGUGCUUAGUGGUAGGCGGUUUCGAUGCCCAGAAGCAGGCCUCGGAAAUGCGAGCUCAGCCGGACGUUGUGUUGGCCACGCCUGGCAGGGUAUUGGAUUUGCUCUUGAAUUCGCCAAAUAUUCAUCUGGAGAUGUGUGAGAUAGUCGUCUUGGAUGAAUGUGAUCGCCUGUUGGAGAUGGGCUUCCGCGACGAGUGCUUGACGAUUAUUCAAAAGCACUGCAAUCGGUCUCGCCAAACCAUGAUGUUCAGCGCUACCAUGAAUCAAGAGGUGCUGAAGCUGGCCAAGGUGGUUCUGUCCAAGCCUGUCACUAUUGAGACCACUAAGGCUAAUCGAGUGUCUCCUACGCUCACACAGGAAUUCAUCAGAGUCACUUCAGAGCAACAACGAGAAGCCACGCUGCUGGCUGCUUGCACGAAACACUUUACGAAGCGUUGUCUGAUCUUCUGCGCACAGAAGAAGACGGCUCAUCGUAUGGCGGUCCUCUUGGGUCUAGUAGGAAAGGUUAAGUUUGCGGAGCUCCACGGCAACCUCAGCCAGCAACAACGAGUCAAGGCUCUUGCUGAUUUCGAGUCGGGCAAAGCAACUCACCUUAUCUGUACUGAUUUGGCGGCGAGAGGGCUGGACCUCCCCCAUGUCGAGACGGUCAUCAACUUUGAGCUCCCUCCAGAUGUUACAAAAUACGUCCAUCGUGUUGGCAGGACCGCCCGUGCUGGGGCUUCGGGUACUAGUGUGACCAUGUAUACUCCAGGAGAGUAUAAGCAGGUUAAACAUAUUGCUAAGAAAUGUACUGCUGAUGUGAAAAGGAAGAAGUCUUCUGAUCCGAAUCAGCCCAAGGUGUUGGAGAGGACCGUCGACUCGGAGGAUGUCAAGGACAUGGCAGUUAAAAUAACGGAGAGUGAGGAUAAGGUGAAGCAAAUCAUGCAGGAGGAAUCGGUAGAGAGGGAGCUUCGUUUGGCUGAUGUGAUGGCAAAAAAGGUGGACAAUAUGAAGACACAUCGAAAGGAGAUCGACAGGCGACCUAGACAGCAGUGGAUCAGGAAGGGCGCCGGUGCUGAGGCUAUUGAUUCUGCGUCGAAGGUGCCCAAGACGAGAUCGGAGAAACGAGCUGCUAGGAAGUUGGAAGUUCAGCAGGCGAAGAAGGAUCAGGAGAGGGCGGAGCGGAGGCAUGAGGAGGGCAUGCAGAGGGGCCUGGCUAAACGGAUGAGGAAGAAGGACAGAGGUGGGCGCAUGCGUGCUGGCUUCGAGGGUGAAGAGGACCGAACUGAUAUGGCCCCUAGUAGGAAGAAGAAGGGCAAUAAGAAGGUCUCUAAAGGACCCUCUGCCCCUGCCGCCCAAGCGAAGGCUAGAGGGGUCGACAAGUCCAUUAAGAAGCAGAAGGGCCCUAAGGGCAAGUCCCGCUAUAGAAAGCGAUGA